UGUGAGUCUCUCAUCAAUUUUUCUGUUUUUCUUUGGUUUUUUAGGAUGUUCUUGUUCGGUAUUUUCAAGACCGUAUUUGAUCAAUGAUUUCAGUUUUCAUAUGAUAGGAUAACUUCACCCAUUCCGAGCACGAAAAGAUGGAUAAAUGCAUCUUGAUAAAAAAUCCACCGAGCAUGAUCAAGCGCGAUCCUAUCCACACGCAGAAUGUGUGGAAGUGCAAAAUAUGCACGGAGAAACAAGCCAAUUAUACAUGCCCGCGCUGCAGCUGGCCAUACUGCUCCGUGGAGUGCUACAAGUCGCCUGUGCACGCAUCGUGCUCCGAGAUGUUUUACCGUGACUGUGUUAUGGAGAACCUGGCCAGACAGAAUUCCAGUGGAAAAGGCGCGAGGAAGAUAAUCGAACUCAUCCAGAAACUGGAGGAAAAUCCCGACAGUAAUCCGGAUAUGUUCGCCAGCGAUGAAGCACCAGCAGCGGCCCAAGUUCGCAGUUUGGAUGAACGUCUCCGUGGAUUGGAUUUAGAUGAAGAUGGAGAUAAGAUCUGGGAGCGAUUAACCGCCGAGGAGAAGCGGGAAUUUGAGGAGUUCGCGGAGAAGAGUGAUUUGUCGCUGCUGAUCGAUGUGUGGACGCCAUGGUGGACCCGGGAGCUCAUCCGACCGAAAAUCUCGGAGAUCAGCGACUCCGCCACCGCCUCCAUCCUCUCCAGUCGCCCGGACAUUCCCGCACUCUUCCCCGCCCCCGAUCUCUCCGCCCUGUUCCAACGCCAUCCCCCGCAUCCCUCUGUACCCUUUGCCCUCAUCAAUCUCCUGUACGCCUACGCUCUAACAGCACGUUUAUACAACGGCGACCAUGCCACGAUGGCGGCGCCGGCAGCCGACAAUCUCCUGGAACUCUCCUGUGGACUACGCGGUGACCGGGUGCUGCAGUCGCCCGCGGAAGCCGUCCUCGCUGUCCUGGACGAUGCUGACCGGUCGUCCGUGAAGGGAUCGUUAGCAGCGCGGACCUUUCGGAGUCUUGGAAUGCGAGAUGUGGUGCAGAUUGUCGCGGACGAGGUGUUCGUGGCGGCUGCGCUGGCGGAUAUCCGUCGAGUGUGUCGGACGGCGUGGAAGGAGCGCGGCAAGGAGAAGAAGCUGGCGGAUGCGUUCAAGAAGGCGGAGUACUUCCUGGCGUGGAUGGAGGAGUACGGAGAGGGACUGGAGGAUUGUGUAGCUGGAUUGAAAUUACUGCAUGACGAAUAUGCGCAGGAAUCAAUCAGUCACUCCCGUGCGGAAGCAGUAAUACAACGCAGUCAGCCAGGAAAGAGCGUGAAGAAUUUGAUUGAAGAACUGUCGUAGUGCGGAACGCGUAUUACGAAGUACUAAGUUUAUCUGUGAUGUGCGUGGAAGUACGACAUAUUCGUGCAUAAAUAUUGAGGGCUUUUUGUGUGGAUGUGUUUUGUGUUCUUUCAUAUGCAUUGCAGGAAACAGUUGUUUUUUAACUGUGGACGUAUCUGGAUAUUUUUUCUGUGUACAGGUUUAUCUGCCGAAAAAAAAAAUAA